AAAAGUUGAAAGAAAAUUUAUUCCAGUCUUGUUCACGGGCAGGAACUCUUGUUACAGCGCGAACGCUAUGUUUACGCAUCAUUUAUACUUUUAAAAUAAUUUUAGUUGCGGCGAGUGUCGAAAGUGGGUUUUGACCACUCUCGUCCUCUGUUAGCUAUGUUGUAAUGUUAGCUAAUUGACGCCAAUUUUGCUUGUUUUUUAUCAAUUUGACUUAUUUUUGCUUAUGAACACAAAUGGAGGAGCACAAGGAAAAUAUUCACGGCAAGGACGUGAACGUCAAGUCAAACGGAGACAAUGACGAUAAGCCUGACAGCACCAAAUGUCCCAAAGGAGGAGAAGCUCCUCCUCAGGCAUCCAACAGCAGCUUCAGCCACCCCGUGUACAAGGAGAUCGCCUUGGCCAACGGUCACAUCAACCGCAUGUCCAAGGAGGAGCUUCGUGCCAAGCUGUCUCAGCUCAAACUGGACACCAGAGGCGUAAAGGACGUGAUGAAGAAGCGACUGAAGAGCCACUACAAGAAGCAGAAGCUGACGCAGUCGGCGGCCGACUCCGACUCCGACCCGGGAGGCUUCCCCUACGACUACAUCUGCGUGGUGGAUUUUGAGGCCACGUGCGAGGAGGACAACCCGCCGGACUUCCUGCACGAAAUCAUUGAGUUCCCCAUUGUGCUCAUCAGCACGCACACCUUGGAGAUUGUUGGAACAUUUCAGGAAUACGUCAAACCACAGUUGUACCCGACGCUGUCAGACUUCUGUGUGAACCUUACGGGAAUUACACAGGACAAGGUAGACGCGGCCAAGCCAUUCCCGGCGGUCCUGAAGCAAGUUGUGAAGUGGCUUGCGGAGCGGGAGCUGGGCACCAAGUACAAAUACACUUUCCUCACGGAUGGCGCGUGGGACAUGAGCAAGUUCCUCAACAUCCAGUGCCGCGUCAGCCAGCUCCGAUACCCAAAGUUUGCCAGGAAGUGGAUCAACAUCCGCAAGUCCUACGGCAACUUCUACAAGGUGCCGCGCACACAGACCAAGUUGAGCACCAUGCUGGACAAUCUGGGCCUGCAGUACGAAGGUCGCCCCCACUCGGGCCUGGACGACUCGCGCAACAUCGCCCGCGUGGCGCUGCGCAUGCUGCAGGACGGCUGCCAGCUGCGCGUCAACGAGGAAUUGCACGGCGGCCAGCUGCUCACCGUGCCCAGCUGGGCGCCCGCCGAGGGAGCCCCGCCUCCUUGCUGGCCGGGCAGCCGCAAGUAGGGGCGGGGAUGUCCACGGUGCCAUAUUGAGCUUCUGUUGGCAAUGCCAUCUUGCGGGACUACGUGUCCACAAAUGGCUGUUAGUUUGAGAAUGUGAGAUGGAAACAGUUUUCUAUGAUCUAGUUAAAACAGGAAUAAACACUGCUGCCAAAGUG